AUGAUGAAGCUUGUCAAACGAUCACGUCGCGCGUCUCCACCCCCGAAGAAGUGCCAUAUUCUGGCCGCACCGGUAGAAAUCCGCACCGCCAUCUACGAACAUAUCGCUCCUCGAAGCUUCUUGCCCUAUGCGCCGUACCACGACUACAUGGGGCUGUUUUUGUCUUGCAAGCAAAUCAGCGAGGAGUUGACACAAGAGUCACUUCGUCUUGCGCCAGGAAUCCUUCGCGCAACCCAGGAGCGAGAUCCGGAGACAGUGAUGAACAUACGCCUACUUCGUCCUGUCAACUUCAGCUCCCUCAUGCACAUCACGAUCGGCAUCCCUCGUUGGGCGCUCUUCAGUUUCGAGAAGCAAGAGGAAGUAUUCAGAGCCCUCGGACCACUGUCAGAGUUACACCUGAGCAGUUUAACAAUAGGCAUUGAGGAUCUCCGGACCGAGUUCGAUGUCUACCAGAUGAUCAUCGGGCUGCACGGCAGCGAUUUCGAGGAAUACAUGGAAGCCCUUGAUAGUCUCCCCGCCGUCUCCGGAGGGCCAAUCGAGCAAGCCAAGUUCUACGAAGUUCUCACAAUUUACGCCAAUAUCGUCGAAUUCGCAACGCAACUCAACUGUAUUGUCGCCCCACGGCUCUGCUUUCAUGAUCACGACGUGGAAAACCAAUGGUGCCUUCGCACGCGCAUCAAUAAUCCGAUUCGGCCAUCUCGUUGUAAUGUUCGCAAGAUUGUCCUUCGCCUGAAAUGGCUUCACGACGAAGACCAUCGCAGCGGAAAUCCACACGACGUCUAUCCUUUCAGCAAUGUUCGCUUGCGAUGGAGCCCAACGGACGAGAUACGCCAGCUGAGACGAUACGGCUGGUACAACAUGUGGACCGAUGAGCAUGGAGAUCGGAAGUACUUUUCCAAGAAGAAUCCAGGACAGUUCAUCUGGAUCAAAGAGAAGAAGAAGAAAGGCAGAGUGAUGAAAGCUGUGCAGGGGCUGCUGAAGGGCUUUUUGUGGAGGUAG